UCCCCCGUUUCUUGAGAAAGAGGAAACGCUAGAGCUGCCCUCAAUUGAGCGAAGAAAAAAAAGUGAGCUUUUUCUCCCUCAAAAAAUCGUUGGAAAUGGAGUUUGGAGGGGGGUCGCCUUGCGCGGGGAUCGAGGGUUCAACGGAGAGAACUCUGCAACCCUUUGUAACGGGUACAUCGGUGUUAGGCAUGAAAUACAAAGAUGGGGUUAUCUUGGCUGCUGACAUGGGAGGCUCCUAUGGUUCAACUUUGCGAUACAAGAAUUUGGAGAGGAUUAAACCUAUUGGUAAACAUUCUCUUCUUGGUGCAAGUGGAGAAGUCAGUGACUUUCAGGAGAUAUUACGCUAUCUUGAUGAGCUAAUUCUUUAUGAUAAUAUGUGGGAUGAUGGGAACUCUUUGGGUCCUAAAGAGGUUCACAAUUAUUUGAACCGGAUCAUGUAUAAUAGGCGAAACAAAUUUAAUCCUCUCUGGAAUUCACUUGUUAUUGGUGGAGUGAAAAAUGGGCAGAAGUAUCUGGGGGUGGUGGGCAUGAUCGGUACUCAUUAUGAGGACAAUCAUGUUGCUACUGGAUUUGGAAAUCAUCUUGCAAGGCCAAUUCUUCGUUCUGAGUGGCGUGAGGACCUGACCUAUGAAGAGGCUGUGAAACUACUCGAGAAAUGUUUGCUUGUGCUGUUGUACCGUGACAGAUCAUCCAUCAAUAAGUUCCAGAUCGCCAAGAUCACUGACGACGGGGUAACCAUUUCGCAACCCUACGCCUUGAAGACUUUCUGGGGCUUCUCUUCCUUUGAAAAUCCAGCCAAGAAUGCUCAAGGAUCCUGGUAAAUUGCUCCGUUAUGGUUGGAUGGUGUACUAGUUUGUUGCUAAAAGGAUCUAUAUGGUUGGUUAUCUUUUGCUGGGCACGGAUAGCUAUGAGCCAUUAGAACGAGGUGCCGGUUUAUUAUGCUUAAUUUCCAUGUUUAUUUGAGAGCGAUCAGUGGUUUGUUUCUUCAGUUGUGAAUGAACUGUUUACAGGUUUAAAGACAUUUUGCCAUUCGAUUGUGUUCAUCUUUUGUGCUUGCUGAGUGGUUGAUUCCCUUUUGGGAUCGUUUGGAGUUGA